AUGAGUAUGAUACCAGGGCUUUCUAUGGCCAGUUUGGCUAUUAAAAAGACAGUACGCAAGGCUGCUGAACCUGUCGUUACUCCUUUAAUUAUGUUGGUAUCUGGCACUUUUUUUCUUCCUUUCUAUGGAAUAUACUAUUUUUUAUCUCAUCCUGUUUUGUGGGCAUAUAUGAUGACGGUUUUGAUUCCUGAGCUCAUAGUUACUUGCAUGGUAUACGUUAUGAUGUAUGCUAUGUUCUAUCCUCCCCAAGCCAUUGUUGCAAUUUUUUUCAAUGGUCCUUCAGGAAUAUUUACGGCUUGGCUUGCUAUGAUUCAACAGAGUGCCCGUGCUGCUAGAUACGUCAUGACAAAAGAGGGGUGUGAUGAUUUAGUUGUUACGGGUAGAGCUCGUCGGACAGUGAAGCCUGGAAUGAUUUCUCGUGUUCGAUUAUGGAUUCGCACCCUUCCUAGACGUACACUUUUCCCUAUUUGGUUUUUGAAAUCUGCAGUUUUUUUUGCAUUGAACUUUGUCCCUGUUGUAGGACCUAUUGUCCUUGUUUUUCUCGAAGCUCCCAAACGUGGGCGCACAGCUCAUGGUCGAUAUUUUGAGCUUAAGGGUUAUUCUCCCGCUCAAGUAAACAAUUAUGCGAAGGGCCGUCGUGGACAAUACACAGGAUUUGGAUUGGUCGCUAAUAUGUUAGAAGCCAUACCGGUUAUUGGAGUUUUCUUUCUCUUCACCAAUACAGUCUCAGGUGCACUGUGGGCGGCUUCGUUGGAAAAGGCAGAAAGACAGAGGCUAGGAAGCUUUAGAUAUGCAAGCAAGCAAAAAGCUCAUAAGUUUUUAACUGGACGCAAUUAUUAA